UGAAUUGUAUCGAGUCAUGUCGAUUGUACCUACAGCGAUCAGUAAUAAACCAGUUCCUACUGUGAAUAGACGUUUUACUUGCUCUAAACAUAUCAGUGGCCGACGAGGUAAAUUCUACCCACUUCGAGGAAGAUGAGUGCCUUAUUUGGGAAUCUUGGAGUUUUUGACCAUAAUACCCAAGAUUGGGAAAUAUUUCACGGUCGCAUGCAACAAUUCUUAAUAUUGAAUGCGGCUAAUAUUAAGGAGGAGAGCAAGAGUGCCUUGUUGUUGACACACUUGGGGGAUGAUACCUAUCGCCUAGCGCGUAAUUUAGUACAUCCGCAGGCACUGGAAAAGGCAAGUUACACGGAGCUGGUUACUGCUCUAAACGGUCAUUUCAAGGCAAAAAGAAGUACGUUCGCCGAUAGGGCGAAGUUUUAUGGGGCCAGAAGAUCGCCGGGGGAAAGCGUAGAAGAAUGGUCAGCGCGGUUACGAGGACUAGCCAUUCAUUGCGAUUUCAGCAGUGCGCUAGAGAUGUUGCUAAAAGACAAGUUCGUGCUGGGCAUGAACCCGGGACCCGAACGGGACCGGCUGUUUGAGCAAGACGCGACUACGCUCUCAUUCGCGAAGGCCGUGGAGGUGGCGCAGCAGGCGGCGUGUGCGCGGCACGCCCGCGAGCAGUUACAGGUGAAGCCCGAGCCUGUGUUCCGAGUGACAACACGACCCGCGACAGGCGGCGCGCCGGCACAGGCGUCACGACACCAUGAUACCGCGUUACGUUGUGGAGUAUGUGGAAUGAAAAAUCAUGCUUCCGAUAAGUGUAAAUAUAAAAACUACCGUUGCCGUAUAUGUGGUGUAAAGGGCCAUUUAUCUAAAGUUUGUAAAAAUAAAAAUUCGAUUCGCGUUAACAACAUUGAUGUGACCGCUGAUUCGCCGAUGUCACCACAGUCGUCGCCAGUGGAAGAAGCCGAACCGCACGACUGCGUCGAGUGCCAAAUGUUUAACUUAAGGCUUGAAAAUUAAAAGGGGAGGAUUGGUGUAUAAGUACGUAACCUGUUGUGAAUUGUAUCGAGUCAUGUCGAUUGUACCUACAGCGAUCAGUAAUAAACCAGUUCCUACU